GUCCUGUCCGGAAGGGAAAGGAAGAAUUGAACUUAGGUAUUAGAGCCAAGGGAUGCGACUUCCGCAUCUGUUCCUGCCGCCACCUCCACAUUCGUUUAAUUUACAAAAGAGAAAAGUUUAGAAUAAGUUAUUUUUUUUGAGUAGUUAAAUAUUAUUUUUAUUUAUUAUGUUUUACUUUGCCAUCCCUCAGAAGAAUCUUAAUUAUAGGUGAAAGGCUUGUUCUGAAUGCCCUUUCUUUUUAUUUUUCUAUUGUCACAAGAUAGUAUCUUUUAUUUUAAUGUCACCAUUUCUCCUUAAAUAUAAAACAUUUGAAAAAGUUUUUGAGAUUAUAAUUUUUAAAAUUGGAAACAGCCGUAUUAGAAAUAUGCUUCCAAUUUCUAAAAGUUUUUCUCUUUUGGAACUUUUAACACCACCCUACAACUUAUAAAAAUACACACACACACACACACACACACACACACACACAGGGGGGGGUGCAUUUCAGUAAAUGAUUAGGAAAAAUACAUAGAACUUGAAUUAGUAUAGGUAAGUUAAGGAAAAGGAACUGGUAUUCCGAACGUGAUUUCACUUUAAAAUAUUUUUAUGUGAAAACAAAUCUUAAAACCUACAACUUUAGAAAAUAAAUUUUAGAUAAAGGUGUAGGUCUUUCCCAUGAACUCCAGUUACCUUCCCUUCUGCCAGCAGGAGGGCUGGGCUCUGCAGAAUAGCAUUCCUGCCUUUAACACAGCACCUCCUACAGUGAGACAGCUGACCCUGACACUUGGGAAGUCCAGAUGGUUAUUAGGGCCUGCAAAGGGAACUGGGAGUCUCCCACUUCAAACAGAUUCCUCCAGGCCAAGACCAGCACACCAGCAAGAACCGUCCAGCCAGAACACGGCUGAGUCCUGCCAGACUUCCUCCUAUAGCCACUGCCCAAGUCUAAUGUUCCCAAGGACAGUAGUCAGAAAACACUGCGCCCUCAUGUCCCAUAAGCAAGACUUGCUCUAAAGAAUGACGUUUUCAACAAAAGCAUAUUUCCAGCUAGGACUUGAAGCAUUAUAUUGAGCAGGAGGGCAAAGUGGGUGCCUUGUCUUCUCAUUUGAGUAGGAAUGCUUCGUGUUCUUCUCAACUUAAUACGAUGGUGGCUUUUGGUCCGUCAUAUCUAGUCUUUAUUGUUUAUGCUCCCUCCAUGCCCUGUCCUUGCAGUUUUUAUUACAAAUGGUUACUGGAUUUUUAACUGAAACGAACAAGUGUAACUCUCUGCAGAUGGCUUGAUUCUAUGCAUGAAGACUCCAAAGACUUCCCCAGGGAAACUCCCUGACCAACAUGGAAAGCAAAGUGGUGGGCUGCAAAUUAGAAUACCAAAACCAACAUCAUUAAAGACAGCCUGGGAAGGAAACCAUGGGAACAAUCCCAGUCGCAGAAGUCAACCAACCAACCAAUGGGGAAUAAACCUAACCAUGACCGCCACAUACACUGAAGAAAUAGAUAGAUGAUGGGGAGGCCUCUCGUGCCCAUGGACUGACAGGAUUAAUAUCCUGCAAACAGCUAUCCCACCAAAAGUAAUAUACAGAUUCGAUGCAAUCCACAUAGAAAUUCCAAUGCAAUUGUAAGCAGAAGUUGAAAAAAAUCAAUCUUAAAAUUCAUAUGGAAAUAAAAAAAAAGACCCUAGAUAUCCAAAACAACAGUGAGCAAUAAAAACUCUGCUGGAAAUAUCACCAUUCCUGACUUUCAAUUAUCCUAGAGAGCCACGGUGAAAACGUACAGCAUGGGCACAAGGCCAGACGAACUGAGCAGGUGCGGCAGAACCAGGAACCCAGAUACGUCUAAGCCCCUGCACCUACAGCCACCUGAGCUUUUACAAGGAUGCCAAAAUACACACUGGAGAAAGGACAGUGUCUUCAAUAAACAGUGCUGAGAAAGCUGGAUGUACACAUAACAACUGAGUUGAUCCUUCUCCUAUCCUGUGCACACAGAUCAAUUCCAAAAUGGAUCAAAGAUCUUAACAUUAAAUCGAAACACUGAGAGUGCUGGGAGGGACGAGGAUAGAGUGCACUUCAGGAUAGAGGCUGAAGUAAGGACUUCCUGGUGGGAACCAAAGACCGAUAAGUGGAAAUGCAAGAAAUGAAAGUCUCUGUAUCACAGAGGAAACUGUUAAUCCAGUGAAGAGGCAGUUGACAGGAUGACAGAGACACAGAUUUCUAGAGAUAGAUAGAUAGAUAGAUAGAUAGAUAGAUAGAUAGAUAGAUAGAUAGAUAGAUAUAGGUAUAUAUAUAACAAACAUUGGGAUUUAUAUAUAUAUAUAUAUAAAACAAAAAUUUGGAUGUCUAGAAUAUACAAAAAAAACCAGAAAACAGCCAUCCCUUUUAAAACAUGGGCAAUGGAACUGAACAAAGAUUUCUCAGAAAAUGCAAUGGCUAAGAAACAUUUUUAAAGCAUUGACCAUCCAUUCUUUGUCAUCGGGGAAAUGUAGGUUAAAACUACUUUGAGGGGUUGGAGAAAAGUCUCAGCAGUUAGGAGCACUGGCCGCUCUUCCAGAGGAUCCAGGUUCAGUUCCCAGCCCCUACAUGGUAGCUCACAACAGUCUGUAACUCCCAUUCCAGGGGAUCUGACACCCUCUUCUACCUCCAUUGGCACCACGUAUGCAAAGUGUACACAGACACAAAUGUAGGUAAAACAUUCACAAAACAAAGACUUAAAAUAAUCAUUGCCUUAUUGUUAUUAAUAUUUUCAUUUUUUUUUUGGUUCUUUUUUUCGGAGCUGGGGACCGAACCCAGGGCCUUGCGCUUCCUAGGUAAGCGCUCUACCACUGAGCUAAAUCCCCAGCCCCAAUAUUUUCAUUUUUAACGUUUACUGUAUUUUACAUGUAUGGACGUUUAGCCUGGAUGUCUGUCUAUGUGUCACAGUGUGCAAUGCCUGCAGAGGCCAGAAGCAGGCAUCAGAGCCCUUAGUUGUUGUGUAGGUGCUGGGAAUUUGAGCCCUAGUCCUCUGGACAGCCAGUGCUCUUAACUACUGAGCCACUUCUCCAGCCCCAAUUUCAUGGUUCUUGAUGGGUAAGAUCUGGGGGAAAUGAACCCUUAUACAGUGUCGGUGAGAGUGCAGACUGGUACAGCCACUGUGGAAAUCAGUAUGGUAGGUCCUCAAAAAACCACAACUACCACGUGACCGAACUACCACUCCUGGGUAUGUACCUACUACAAAGACACACACUCGUCUGUGUGCCUUGUUGCUUAAUUCACGGUAGUGAGGAUGUGAACAGCCAAGAUAUCAGUCAACUAAGGAACAUAUGAGAAUAUGGUACCGCCACAGAAUGGAAUUUUAUUCAUCUGUAAAGAAAAAUUAAAUUGUGAAAUUUGAAGGUAAAUCAAUGGACCUGGAAAACAUUAACUACACUAUGGUAACCCAGACCCAUAAAGACAAACAUCACCUGUUCUCAUCAUAUAGAGACCCUAGCAUUGGAGUGUCUGUAAAAACGGAAAACUAUAAAGGGACCAUUGAUGGGGGCAGGGGAGAAUUUUCAGAGAGAAAGCGAUAAUAGAUGAUAAGGUAAUGGAUGAUGUCAUAGGUGAUAGGACGGGUAAACAGGAAUCAUGGGGAUGGAUGUUUAAGUUGGAGGAAGAAUGGAAGGUAGAUCACAGAGGGAGGUGGGAAAAGCAUAAUUAUUGGUAAGGAUGCUCGGGAAAGCCAUGCAGAAACCCAUCAUUUUAUAAGUGCCUUAUAACUGAGUCUGGAAAGAUGGCUUAGUGCUCACUGUCCUAUCAUGAGGAGUUUGGAUUCUAGGACCCAGUCACAAAUGCCUGCAACUCCAACAGAUCUGACAUCUUCUGGCCUCUACUGGUGUGUGUGUGUGUGUGUGUGUGUGUGUGUGUGUGUAUGUAUGUAUGUAUAUAUGUGUAAGCAUGAGUGCAUGCAUGCACAUGGGUGCCACUGCCACUGCUCUUCGAUGUCCACCAGACACUGAUGGUAAGAUCCACUGCUGAAGACACCACACAAUUUAGUUACAAGACAGAGAAACGAAGUUGGUUCUGAGAAGUUGGUCCAGGUUUCUGACAGGAAGGUGCUGCACUUAUAGCUUAUAUGAAUGUAAAACAGGCCCAGUAGAUUUAAGGAGACUUUGGAAAGGGGUACAGGAUGAAUCUAGAAGGGAUAAGAUAAAUAUGAUCAAAAUAUACUGUGUGCGUGUGACCUCCUCAAAGAACUCAAGAUAUAUUUAUCCAUAAAGUUUGAUUUCUUGAUAUUUCUAUAGGAAACAGGGAGGCAUUACCACCUGUUCCUCUUGUCUGCAGUCCACCAUGUGCACGUGACCUGCUGUUGUGUCCUUGCCAGGGAGUAGCACUUUUUCUCCUCCCUCAGUUCUCUGUGUCAUCCUCUUGCUCACCAACCUCCGCACCAGUCCUGCUGCCCUCGGUCUCCAGAAUCCCCUCGUCAAGGUGGUCUCUUCUUAGUGCUAUCUUCCAUUCUGCCUAAGAGCCCCUGAGUACCUCCAGUGCACGGGAGCUUACAGUUACUCUCCUUACUCUCUCGGCUAUUUGAGCAGGAAGACUGAUGUCAAACUCCAAAUCUGUGAUGGGUUUAAGGAGUCUAUACUCCUAGGGGAAGCCAAAGCAUUAAAAAAAAAUAAUUCUGAGAGUGCUUUAUGCAAACGGGCCUUAUAUUUCUUUCAUGCAUGGCUGAGCAUAUUAAAUCAGAUCUGAUUAAUUCAGUAAACAGGAGUUCAAAAUCAACCGGCCUUCCUCAAUGAAAAUACAAUGUGAAUCCCCCAGCUUCUAUUAGCAGCUGUACUGAUCUCUGAGAAGAGAAAACACACGCAGUGGGCUGCUUUUAGCCACUUGUGACAUGUUUAAUUGAGCUUUUAAAGAAGGGAAGAACUCAACACACCGGUCACACCUUCUCUCUUACGUGCUAACAUUCUACCGAGCAGGGCGUACGAAACAAAAUUCCAUUUUUCUUCCUUCACCGAAUCCUGGCAUGCUCAUCUUGAAAGGCAGUUUUCUAAGGCUUCUUAAUACUCACUUGGCAAAAGCAUUUCUCCUGUUAAUCUCUUUUUGAGAAGAAGCAGAGGUUGUGCUGAAACUUCUCCUAAAACCUGGAUGCGAGAGUGAAGGACAGAAAAGGAAAAUAUGUCACAUGUUUUCAGCCUUUACAGGGAGUUAUUUUUAAUCACUUCUACAGUACACCAUGACACCAAGAGGCUGGUUUGUUUGUUCUGUAUGUUUUGUCUUUUCCUGAAGAAAACUGUUUUAUAGCAAUUCUUCUAAGAUAAAAAUUCUCCAUCCUGUAGAGAAGUGCCUUAAACUCUGGAAGUAAACAACUCAAAUCCAUCAGGAAGUUCCUGAAACUGACCAGAUACAUUAUGUCCCUCCCUCUCUGAGCAUAAAUUGGAAGAAGAGACAGAGACUAGACCCACUGCCUGAAAGCCAGUCUGACGGAAAGAUAUGCAGACCAUCUGAGCUGCCUGAAAGAGACACCAAAAACCAAGUAUACACAGGCCAGAACAAAGUUAUCCUAAGAGGAAGUUAUGUAUACAGAUGAGUAAAUAUAGAGGUGAAAUAAAAUAUUACAGAAAAACUAUUGUGGUGAUGUCUACUUUACAGGGGUGCUAAAACAGAAAUAAGACAGCUCAACUUCUAAAGAUUCAAAUUGUGUAGGAAGGGGGUAAGAAUGAUUGACCUUACACAGUGCAAAGUAUGUACAUUAAAUGAUCUAUGAUAAUUGCUAAGUAGCAUAUUCACAGUUCAGCUUGUACACAGUAGGGAAGUAAACAGUGCAGAAAAGGUAGGAACACAUGCAGAAUAAAGUCAAGCAGGAAGCAAGAGCUGCGCGUGGCGGUGCACACAACAAUCCCAGCACUGAGAGGCAGAAUAAAUGAGGAGACCCCUCUGAGUUCAAGGACUUCUAACUAGGAAUUCUAAGUUGGUCAGGACUAUGUAAAGAUGUAGCACCCAACAACAAAAACAGAAACAAAACCAGAAAACAAUCACCGUUCAUGACUUAUUUAGAAACCCACCAUUUACCAUACAUAAAACCCAAAAUGAAUUAUGGGCUAUGGAGAUAGCUCAGUAGUUAAGAGAGCUUGCUGUGCAAUCAUGAAGACCAGAGUUCAGAUCCCAGCACCCACAUAGCAAGCCAAGCAUACAGGAAACUCCUGUAACUGCACUCUAAAGAAUCUAUCAUCUUCUUCUGACCUCCGUGGCACACAGAGUCCCCCAAUAUAUGUUCAUAUACUCUCGAAGAGACAUGCAUACAAAUAAAUAUUUAAAAUGGAAUGGGGACUAAGUAAAACAGCAUAAAGAACAUUGCUAAUACGUCAAUAUAGUGAUAAAUUAAAAUGAACGGAGCUCUCAGAGUGAAAGGUAAAGACAACCAGAUUUAUUUUUUAAGCCGGGGUUUUUCUGGGUAGCCAUGGCUAUCCUGGUACUCGCUCUGUAGAUCAGGCUGGCCUGGAACACAGAAAUACAAUGCUUCUGCCUCCUGAGUGCUGGGAUUAAAGGCAUGUGUCGCCUUGCCCAGCCAGAUUUUUUUUUCUAAGUAAAACCCUAGUAUGUUCUAUGCAGGAAAGUACUCUAAAAGUAUUACAGCAGAAAGUAAAUCAACAGAAAAAAAUUGUCAGAGAAAUGCUUGACCGAGAGACGGCUGCUCUAAAGAAACAAGAAUGAUUAUAAAAGCAGUACCAAGCAGAACUUUAUAGUGCAUCUUCACAGCCCCGGCACUCAGGAGACUAACAAAAAGAGCUGUGAGUUGAGGCCUAGCCUGGGCUACAUGGCGAUACUCUGUAGGGAGAGAAGAGUAAGGUCAGGGAAGGAUAGGGAAGAGAGAGAACAGGAAAGGGGAAAGAGAAAGAAGGGCCAUGACUUUAAAUAACCAAAUACUAAAUGCUAAAUAAAUAUCUAACAAAACAUGUACAAAAUCUGUAUGAGGAAAGCUACAAAAUCCUGACAGGCCAGCGAAGGUACACAGCAGGGGUCCUCUCAUCCGCGUGUUCCCAGGGCUUUCCAUGGAUGCCUCAGAUGGACAGUACCACAACCAAUGUGACUCUCCCCAGAAGCACAUUCUUAUGGUAAACUCUCACCUUUUCACUUAAAAGGAUACACUUGAGCCUUCUAAUACUCGAUUACUAGAGACAUUACUCUUAGCAUCUAUUACUAAGUGAAAUUACAGUUAGCUGAACACAAACAGGACAUGGACAGUCAAUCUGUGACCAGAGGAUUAUGGAGGACCAACAAGAAGGUAACAGGUACCGAGAUAUGCUGAACAAAAGGGCAACUCAUGUCCCAGGCAGGACAGUGUGACAUUUUAUCAUGCCUCUCAGAACAAUAUGACACUUAGGACAUGAGUUGCUUAUUUAUGGAACUGUCCAUUUAAUGGAGUAAUCAAUCUCACAGAAAACAAAAGGGGGUUACAUAAAUAAGUGGAGAGAGAGAGAGAGUCCAUGUUUAUAGACAGAACAGUAGUAAGACCAGAUCUUCCCAACCUCCUCAAAAUCCUAGCAUACCAGUAUGUGGAUUUUAACAAAAAGAUCGUAGAGUCCAUGUAAGAAUGAAAGAAAUUCAGAAUAACCAACACAGUAUCAGUGGAGAUAAAACUGGAGGACACAGAUACACACUCACACAUGUAGAUACACCUACACAGACACAUGCAUUCGUCCACAAGCACACAGAUACACACCCAGACACACCCAUGCACACACUCACACACCCAGACACACCCAUGCACACACUCACACACCCAUGCACACACUCACACACCCAGACACACCCAUGCACACUCACACACCCAGACACACCUAUGCACACACUCACACACCCAGACACACCCAUGCACACACUCACACACCCAGACACACCCAUGCACACACUCACACACCCAGACACACCCAUGCACACUCACACACCCAGACACACCCAUGCACACUCACACACCCAGACACACCCAUGCACACACUCACACACCCAGACACACCCAUGCACACACUCACACACCCAGACACACCCAUGCACACUCACACACCCAUGCACACUCACACACACACACCCAUGCACACACUCACACACCCAGACACACCCAUGCACACUCACACACACACCCAUGCACACUCACACACACACCCAUGCACACACUCACACACCCAGACACACCCAUGCACACUCACACACCCAGACACACCCAUGCACACACUCACACACCCAGACACACCCAUGCACACUCACACACCCAGACACACCCAUGCACACUCACACACACACACACAAACGCAUGCACACACACACACACAAACGCAUGCACACACUCACACACACACACACACCCAUGCACACAGAUACUCAGACACACACACACACACACAAACGCAUGCACACACUCACACACCCAGACACACCCAUGCACACUCACACACACACCCAUGCACACACUCACACACCCAGACACACCCAUGCACACACUCACACACACACUCACACACCCAUGCACACUCACACACACACCCAUGCACACACACACCCAGACACACCCAUGCACACACACACCCAGACACACCCAUGCACACACACACACACAAACGCAUGCACACUCACACACACACCCAGGCACACACUCACACACCCAGACACACCCAUGCACACUCACACACACACACACACAAACGCAUGCACACACACACACACAAACGCAUGCACACUCACACACCCAGACACACCCAUGCACACACACACACAGACACACACACAGCAGGGGAAGGCGACACAGACUCCACGGAGGAGCCACCGUGACGAUGGAGGUACCUGAGGAACACAUCUGCCUCUAAGUCAGAAUGGACACAGCAGCACACAGCAUCAGGAAGGUUCUGUACCUCUAGAAUGGGGACACACCAUGACCAUGGACUGACCACAACAAAUAUCCCAGUGGGUCAUUAUACUAAUAACUUCCAUAAACAGUUACCCACAAAUGGAAAAGAAAGUCAGAUCAGAUCCUUACCACACACAGGAUCCGUUGUGGGUAAACUGAGAAACAUGAAACACAAAAUCUAAAUCAA